GAAUCUCGCAAGUUCCAACUGUCGCAUCGGGCCCCAGUGGAGAUGCCGUUAGAGACGGCUGCGUCGUUAGAUGCAGGUUUUUUAACUCGUAAUACAGAGGCUCUUCAAGCACUGUUUGUCCAGUGGCAACUUUGACAUUUUGCACUCGGACGCAGAGGCAGUAGUUGGGCCCAUUGACCACAACUUUUGGCUCGCGAAACUCCAACGUGGACUUAUCUGGAUGGAGGAAUCUCGAGGAUUUGGAAAGUCGGUCCUGUCCAACUUGUUCAAAUCUCUGUGCCCUCAGGCCACUGGAAGACACCUCAGGAUGUUUCACAACUGGGUGAAGGAGUAUGAUCAACUGGAGCUAUUGCGACGUCAGGUUUCUGUGACGCGGCAGCAGCUGCACCUGUUCAGCAGUUAUUGUAGCAAGCCGCCAUUGCCCAGCGAAAUUCGGCGAGAUUUGCUGAACGCACACCAGAUGAGGGCUCCCCACUUGGCGGAGGAGGAUUAUUUGCAAGCCUGUGCUCCAGGAGAUUAUCGGACCUUCCAUGGACAUUCCGUCGUGGAUGAAGUCCUGUCAGAGAUGUUGGUGAAGCACUUGGCGCUUCAGGAAGAGAAGAUCCAGCAGAAGCAACGGCUCUACCUUCCCAAUCCACCACCUCCACACCCAAAGCAGGAAGUGGUGAAGCGUCGAGCAGACCUCAAGAGGUGGAGCAAAUGGAAUGAGGCCUUUGACCUUUUGGGUCUUGAGAACGAUGUGGCCACGAAGGAUCAGCUGCUCAAAACGCGAAUGCUUUCGCCGGACAACGUGGACUUCAUCUUUCGCCUCGUGACGGGGCGGCACGAGGGGGAAGCCACCUUCACGAGGCCUCGGUUUCUGCAGACCAUGUCGGUCCUGAACCACGUGCGUCCGCCUCGGCUAGAGCCGUUAGGCGUAGCAACUGAAUCGCCCCGCAGUGACGACUAGUUUGAGUCGUCACUGACGUUGGCGCCUUUGAAUCAUCAGAUUCACUUUGUAUUUCAAUGUAUUUCAUAUCAUGUGGGUAAAGCAAUGUCAUA